CCUCGACUCCAUUUUCCAGACCUUUCGACAAUUUGAUCUGUUUUUACCCUUACCUUGCUUCCACCGGACAACUCAUUUUCCCGCUUUAGAAAAGCGGCCUAGACUCUUGUAGAACAGUUAGAUUUCUAUCGUGGGAUAGAUCCCAGGGUCUGCAGGAUUCGUGUGGGAUAGGGGAAAAAAUGGCAUCUACCAAUAUCCCAGCUCUGGAAAACCCACCCCAAAGUGACGAGGAAGGCUAUGAAGAGAGGAAUGUCCAUGAAGUGUACCAGCAAAUUGCCAGUCAUUUCUCCUCCACGCGUUACAAGCCUUGGCCCAUUGUGGAACGCUUCCUCAAGGACUUGAAGCCCGGGGCCAUCGGAUUAGAUGUGGGUUGUGGCAAUGGCAAAUAUCUGGCUGUAAACCGCGAUGUUUUCAUUGUUGCUUCAGACAGAUCCGCAAACCUGGCUCGCAUUGCCCAAAAGCAUCAGCCACACUCAACCAUCAUAGCCGAUAUCCUCCACCUCCCACACCCGGAUUCCUUUUUUGACUUCGCCAUCUCCAUUGCCGUCAUCCACCAUCUAUCCACGCCAGAUCGAAGGGUACAAGCUAUCCGCGAAAUCCUGCGCACACUGAAGCCCGCCACUGAAGGUCUCCCGGGUGGUAAGACUCUCAUCUAUGCUUGGGCCUUGGAACAGAAAAACAGCCGUCGAGGCUGGGACAAAGGUGACCCGCAAGAUAUAAUGGUUCCCUGGGUCAUGAAGGGAACCCCUUCUGCGGACGCUCCACCUGACCAGCCAAAGGUGUUCCAUCGGUAUUACCAUCUUUACGAGGCCUCUGAGCUGGAACAGGACAUCAACAAGGCAGGAGGUCGCGUCCUGGAAUCGGGAUAUGAGAAAGACAACUGGUGGGCCAUCGCGACGCGAACAGACCCAGAAUCACCAUGAGAUGCAUUGAUGCAGUGACAUCCUCGAGAUCCAGCCUCGAAGCCCGUCUUCCACAUCUGCAUAGCACUCAUGACAGGAAUGAUGACAUGAGCAUUGGACUCGUCAAGUCAAGGACUCCUUUCCCAGGCAACCUUCAUGUGUAGGAAAAUCAAAGCCAGAUGAGGAUAAUGAAAAACGCGCGCACAAGCACUCGGAGGAGCCAUCUAUGACAAGCCCUCCCAUGAGUGAAGAUAUACCUCCAACCAGCGCUAUG